AUGGGCGUCACCAACAAGAAGACUUUGACCAAGACGCGAAGGAAGACGAGGGAUGUCGAUCAAAUCAAGGCCGAUUUGCGCUCGCCGCGCCACCUCCAACGUUUCACAGGAUCAAAAGCAAAGGAGGACCUUCCGGGAUUGGGUCAGCAUUAUUGCAUCGAAUGCGCCAAAUGGUUCGAGACCGAGGUCAGCCUUGUGGGCCACCGUAGAGGAAAGCCUCACAAGCGCAGGGUCAAGCAGCUGAAGGAGGAACCGUAUACCCAGAAAGAGGCAGAGGCCGUGGUUGGCAUUCGUACCGACGACAAAGGUCCCAACAAGGGAGGUCCCGAGAAGGCCCUCGAUCAGGAGAUCGAGAUGGAGACCUGA